AUGAAUUGUGAUAUUGUUUCUCCAUCAUGGAUUCGAUUAUUCGCAAAUUCUGGAUCUAAUCUCUUGAUUAGUAUUCCUGGUGUUUAUUUAAGUGGUCGUUCUGCUUAUGUGGUAAUUAAACACCUGAAAUAUUUCAAGAGUUCUGAAGCAAGUAAUAGAAGCAGAGGUCCAGUUUCUACUAAUGCAAGUUAUGGAAGUAAAGAACCAAUAUUGGAAAAUCAAGUACAAAUACAAAUAGAACACCCACCUAUCAGACAUUUAGAUCCUUCCUACAAGCGAAGAAGUGACGACUUGUUAUCAGUUGUAGAUAUAUAUAAACAAAUAACAAAUUUAGAUCCAUCCUAUCAACGGUCAGAUGAAGAUUUCUCAAAUAACUCAAAUAUCAUUGAAAAGAAUAAUCCAGUUCACAAAAUACAGGGCACAUUAUUGGCACCACCACCACGGUCUCAUACUCCUCGAUUGUUAGUUAAUAUGGCCCUAUCCUCCACAGGACACACGGAAGUUAACCACCACUAUGAGAUGACAAAAGCAGCAGCAAUACGUAUAGUACUUUUUGCAUCUUUAUUUGCACUUAUUAAUUUAUUUGCAAGUACAGGUGCUGUUAUGAAUAUUUUGAAAGGCCACCCUAUUCCAACUGGUGUGACUAUAACCGAUUGGGUUGGUGGAUCUCAAGGAAUUUUAAUAUUUUUGAUAUUUGGAUUACCUAACUCUUAG